UAUCAUGUCUUACCCCUGUUGCCUAAGUCUUUUGUCAUUCAUUAAUUUUGGUCUUUUCCCUUCGUUGUAGCCCUGGAUCUCGUAGAACAUCUGCGUGCCAUGGGUGAAACCAAUGCCCUUUUACAAAGGAACACUAUUCUAAAGAGGGAAACUGCCCUGGCCACUGUUGCAAUUUAUGAUUCAAUGUUUGCAGCAGAAGAUGGCACCAUCCCUGCAACCUUCCAGUUCUUGGUUUUGCAGGUUAUUUAUAUGACAGGGUGGAGGGACCAUCCAUCUCAGCAGAGGGCAAAAAGGAGGGGCUCUGCAACUGUGUCCUUUCAGGACAUCCAGAAGCAAUUUGGAAGUGAGAGUUGAUGAGCUCGUUCUGCAUGGGGCUUGGCUGUUGUUUUCUAAGCAAAUGAAAGUGAACUUUCUCUACAAGAUCAUGAUGUAGUUCUUCAAUAAUACUUAUAGGAGCCAUCCGUGCAUGUACUUAUUUUGUGAGAGAGAAAAACUGCGGGACCAAAAUGUGUUGUCAAUCAAGAUAUUUUAGUGGAUACUUCCUUAUUGGGUAAUUUCCAAUUUGAAGGUAGUUCUUACAAACCCCAAAAUGUAUUAUGCCACAGCAUACAUGGUUCUUUAACUAAUUAUUAAAAGAGCGCCCCAGCUAUUUUAAA